GGGACCGGGGCGGGGCCUCGCGGCCGGGGCGGGGCGGGCCGGGGACCUGGGCCGCCGCCUCCCGCCGCGCAGUGCCUUUCCGGAGCGCGUCCCCGCGGCUGAACUUUCCAGAACAGCAGCCACAGCAGCAAUGGCCCCGCCUUGGGUGCCCGCGGUGGGCUUCACUCUGGUGCCCAGCCUGGGGGGCUUCCUGGGCUCGUACUAUGUCCGUGGGGAGGGCCUCCGCUGGUAUGCCGGCCUGCAGAAGCCCUCCUGGCACCCGCCCCGCUGGACGCUGGGCCCCAUCUGGGGCACCCUGUACUCGGCCAUGGGGUAUGGCUCCUACAUGGUCUGGAAAGAGCUGGGGGGCUUCUCGGAGGAGGCUGUGGUUCCCCUGGGGCUCUAUGCCGGGCAGCUGGCCUUGAACUGGGCGUGGCCUCCCCUCUUCUUUGGCACCCGACAAAUGGGUUGGGCCCUGGUGGAUCUCCUGCUGACGGGUGGGCUGGCAGGAGCCACGGCCGUGGCCUGGCGUGGGGUGAGCCCACCGGCCGCCCGCCUGCUCUACCCAUACCUGGCCUGGCUGGCCUUUGCGGCCGCGCUCAACUAUUGCGUGUGGCGGGACAACCACGGCCCGCGCGGCGGCCGGAGGCUCGUCGAGUGAAAGCGCGCCCCGUCCGAGGACUGUGGCUGCCCGCCGGUCAGGUGGUGCCCGUGGUGGUGGCCCUUCUGCUUCCGUGGCCACCGGGCCUGUAGGUGUGCCCGGGUCUCAGCCCCGGGGGCUCACCACCAGCUUCGGAAGUGCUCUAGGCCAAGCUCCUGCCCCAGAAACAGCGUCCUGUGUUUUCCGCACCCGCUCCAAGCAAGCUCUCAGAACGUGGAAGGUCAUAAGGCAAAUAAAGUUUUUAACCUCCUG